GUCUCUGUCUAGCUGUCUUCAUUACGCAGGGCCAGAGUUUCUGGCACUGCUGUGUAGUAGAAGUAAAUAGACUUUAGCCUACAGCUUUGUACACUGAUGGUUGUUUGUUUGUGUGUAAACGCGCUUCUGGAUGAAGUAGAAAAUGAGCUGUUUUAUAGACACGUAAAUCAAAUAAAAUAGAGUUUUUGGAAAGCUUUGUUGUUUUCACGGACGUAGAAAAGUAUCUGGAUAUUUUAUAGGACCACUUCCUUCUAUCAUAUGUAUUUACAAGCCUUUUCUGUUCAGAAACCCUAAUACAGAUAUUAACCUGUGCAUCAGUAUCAGUCUAGUUUUAGUUUAGUACCUGAUUUCUUUGAUAUUUGGAUGCCAAGUAACAUCUUGUUUCCUUUCUUGCCUUCAGAUGACAGAUAGGGGAUACAACAGUGGCCUUUUGACUUUUCUCAUUCUAAUUGGUAGUUUAUUACAGUGCCACUGUAAGCCACAUGGCUACAGGAGUAAAUCUCUUGAAGAAGUAUCCAAGGAAUUAUCAAGUUAUUCUGGCAUUGCCCAGAAAAUCAUAGACUUGGCAGUGUAUGGGAAGGCACAGAACCGCUCAUAUGAACGACUUGCAGCCUUCACGGAUACAGUCGGAAACAGAGUGAGCGGGUCCAGGAAUCUGGACUUGGCUAUCAAGUACAUGUACAGUGCAUUGAGGCAGGAUGGACUGGAGAAUGUACACCUAGAACCCGUGAAGAUCCCUCACUGGGUGAGGGGACAGGAGAGUGCAGUGAUGGUUCUGCCACGAAACCACACCUUGUCAAUCCUUGGGUUGGGGAGUAGUGUUGGAACUCCCAAAGGAGGUAUAGAAGCAGAAGUGUUGGUGGUGGAGUCUUUUGAUGACCUGAAAAGAAGGGCGAGUGAGGCUAAGGGGAAGAUCGUGGUGUAUAAUCAGCCUUUUGUUAGCUAUGGGGAGACAGUGGCAUACCGUGCUUCAGGAGCUUCAGAGGCAGCUAAAGUGGGAGCAGUGGCUUCACUCAUUCGCUCUGUCACUCCGUUUUCCAUCAACAGCCCCCACACUGGGUGGCAGUGGUACCAGCCUGGUGUGCCUCAGAUCCCCACAGCCUGUAUCACGGUCGAAGAUGCCCAGAUGAUGGCCAGGAUGGCGCACAGAGGCACGAAAAUUGUGGUGCGCUUAACUAUGGGGGCUCAGACCCUGGAAGAUGUGGACUCCUUCAACACAGUGGCUGAGAUUACAGGCAGGGAGCACCCAGAGCAAGUCGUUUUGCUGAGUGGUCAUCUGGACAGUUGGGAUGUAGGACAGGGGGCUAUGGAUGAUGGUGGUGGAGUGGCUGUUUCUUGGGAAGCCUUAUCUCUUAUCAAAGACCUGGGCCUGAGACCUAAGAGGACACUCCGGGCUGUGCUGUGGUCUGCUGAGGAAGCAGGGGGAGUAGGAGCGAUGCAGUACUACCAACAGCACAAAGCAAACAUUUCAAACUUUGACCUGGUGAUGGAAUCUGAUAUGGGCACAUUUGCCCCUGUUGGACUGCAGUUCACUGGCAGUGACAAAGCCAGAGCCAUCAUGAAAGAAGUAAUGAAACUGCUGGCACCCAUCAAUGUAACAUCCCUGGAGAAACAUGGAGAAGGAACUGAUAUAAACAUGUGGAUGCAGGCUGGAGUACCAGGUGCCAGCCUACAUACAGCAGACAGCAAGUACUUCUGGUUCCACCACACUGAGGGUGACACAAUGACUGUGCAGAACCCAGCAGAGAUGAAUCUGUGUUCAGCUGUGUGGGCCGUGGUGUCAUAUGUCGUGGCAGACCUCGAAGAAAUGCUUCCCCGAUAACAGUUUCUCAACUUAGUCAUUGAGCACUUUCUCUUGCCCACCAUAACAGAAAGAGUCUGACCAAAAGGAAUGAGUUUAUCUAGGCUUUUGGAAUUUGCAUUUAAUUUUCUCAACACAGAUUUUAUCUUCUCUUUGAAUGAUUUGUUGAAAGCAUAAUGCAUAUUAAAACCUCUAUGUACCACUGUGUCUCUCACCCAUAAGCCCACACCACUCAACCUAAUCAGUUUGUUUGACCAAUUAAUUUUGAGCAUUAUGGGUGUGUUAAUUGUUUUAAAUGUCUGGCAUAAUAAAAAUGACACAAAUCUA